AUACGUAUGUCUACAAAGUUCACAGCCCUCAGCCAUUUUUCUCAUCAAAACCGCUAUUCAUCAACAAAAGCCUACUAACGCUACUAACACACCGUCGAAGUUUUUUGACCUUCCACAUGAAGUCAUUACAAAAUGUCAACCGAACGAGAUAAGUUGGUGUGCAACGCGCGCGAUUGCUUCAAGAAAAUUGAAGGAACCGCGUGGAUUACCUGCUGUUCGCACGUGUUCUGCGACCAACACGGCAAGGAGGCCAAACUCCGCCAACCGACGUCAUCGCCAUCCUGUCCAGCCUGCGGUACCCGCUUCCGAGACGAGCUGUCCAUUGUGGAACGAAAGCUGAACAAUUCUCUACAGGCCCGAGCGUUGCUUUUGUGUGGCUACAAUCCGGAGGUGGUGAUGGAGAUUGCCAACAAUGCCAUUACCUUUUGGAAUUUCCAGAAGCAGCAAAUUUGUGCCAAUCUGGAAAGAAAACUGGAAUACUAUCGGGAAAUGGUGUGCACGAUGAAACGGGACGGAGCCCAGCAGAAGGCCGACACCGAGAUGAAGAUUCGUCGCCUGGAGCAACAAUUGGAACAGGCCAAGGUGAAACUAAGGCAACAGCAGGACGACGAACGGCAGGCGGGGAAGAAUCGAUUCGGCGAACCGUCCCGUUGUGUGAAGAAACGCAAGCCGGACGAUUUCCUGCUGUGAGUCUAUCCCGGCGAAAACCACGCGCUUCCAAUGGAGCAAUAAAGUAAGAUGGUGGAACUUAUACGCGCGAUUCUCUUAUAUUGUGUGCCCAUCAUUCCGGGCAAUCUUCGAUUUAUUGCGGUGCCGAUAGGAGCUUAUUUCCCGAUUGGAUCUGCAUGGGAAUAUGAAUCCGCACCGAGUUCCUCCAAAGCAAUAAAGCACAUAAAUAAGAGAUAUGUGGAGAAUACUCGGUAUUUCCAUGCGAUCAUGGGAGCAAUAAGCACUACGAUGUGCGGUAUGCCCACUAACGUGGGUAGUGAUGGGCAUAAGGGAUUUUGUGGCGUGAU